ACUUAUCAGUAUCAGUCAAUUUCCCUCCCCGCAAGUGCACUUUUGCAUGUCUGAGUACGAUAAGGCAUAACACAAACAAUCCUGCAAUCACUGACUGGAGGCCUCUCAUGGCCAUUAAAAGUCAGUAGUUCAACUGAGGAGUGGUUCUCCAACUCUCAAGUCCAUAUAGGCCUCCUUUCAUCAAGAGGCCCUCGUAAACAUCACUACAGUUAAUAAAGUGUAUUGUGGUCAGCAAGUCUCAAGGUGCAGCCGCGUGUUUAUCAGCGACAGCAGCAAACUCCAAGCCCAGCAGCUGCAGCGUGUGCGGACACCGCCCGCAGCCGCCGGGAUGAACAUUUAUGAUCAUGUACGGCGCUUAUGUUAUUGUUGGUGGGAGGGGAGCACAUGUCUUGUAAGUGAAAUUACGCUCGGUGAAAGGAGGCUAGAGCUGUUUUGUAUUGUUGCCGAUGCCCCGCCUCUGAUGGUAGCCUUAAACCUGGCACCCAGCUAAAACAAACCAAAGCCAGCACCGAGCUCCCACUCAAUCCAAUUAAGGCGGACUUGAGGCGCUCUCCUACGUGUUCAUCUACCAGGAUCGACGUUGAGACAACAGGAACCAGAGGGGCUUUGGCCGGAAAAAAAAAAAAAAAAAAAAAAAAAAAAAAAAAAAAAAAAGGGGAGAGAGGAGAGAUUGCCUUGCCUUCUAAUUUCUCCCUCUCCAGCCUCAGAACAAUGUCGAUGAGCCCUAAGCAUACGACUCCUUUUUCUGUUUCCGAUAUCUUGAGUCCCCUUGAGGAGAGCUAUAAGAAAGUAAGUAUGGAGAAUAACAACUUGGGGGCACCUCUCAGUUCCUACCGGCAGCCGCAGGUCUCCCAGGCGGCGAUGCAGCAGCACCACAUGGGCCACAAUGGGACUGUGUCUGCGGCUUACCACAUGACUGCGGCAGGUGUUUCUCAGCUGUCACACACGGCCAUGGGGGGCUACUGUAACGGCAACCUGGGCAACAUGGGCGACCUUCCGUCCUACCAAGAUGGCAUGAGGGGCAGCACCACGGCCACCGGCUGGUACGGAGCCAACCCAGACCCGCGCUUCUCCACCAUUUCUCGCUUCAUGGGCUCGUCGACUGGUAUGAACAUGGGCAGCAUGGGAAGCCUCAGCUCCCUGGCAGACGUGGGUAAAGGCAUGGGCUCUCUGUCCAGCACCCCGAGGAGAAAGAGGCGAGUGUUGUUCUCCCAGGCGCAGGUCUACGAGCUGGAGCGACGCUUCAAGCAGCAGAAAUACCUGUCGGCCCCCGAGAGGGAGCACCUGGCAAGUAUGAUCCACCUCACCCCGACCCAGGUGAAAAUCUGGUUUCAGAAUCACCGGUAUAAGAUGAAGAGGCAGGCGAAAGACAAGGUGUCCCAGCAACAGAUGCAGCAGGACAGCGGCUCCUGCCAGCAGCAGCAGCAGCAGUCUCCGCGGAGGGUGGCCGUGCCGGUGCUGGUGAAGGACGGGAAGCCGUGCCAAGGCAGCAGCCACACGCCCACGUCCUCCGCGCAGACCCACCAUCAGCAGGGCGGCAAUGUCAUGAUCAUGUCCAACAACACGUCCGGCCUCGGGCAGCAUCAGAGCCAGCAGGUGGGAAGCACAGGUCACUCUCCAGAUCUGGCGCCUCACUCCUCCAGUCCGCCGUCACUGCAGAGCCAAGUGGCCGGCCUCUCACACCUCAAUUCCCCCGGCGCAGAGUACGGCUCGGCCCUGCAGUGUUCAGCCCUGUUAUACGGCAGGACGUGGUGACAGGAGGCGCCGGCUAUGAUUUAAACCAACACUUCUAUUUAAAGAAAAAAAAGACUUUUUUUUUUCUUUUUCUUUCAAGACUCGACAAGUUUCAAUGUAAAUGUGCGCAUCUGAACAAGAGCCGAGUGACCAUCGGCGCAGCUCUCUUCUUUGAAUUUUCACCCUUUGGAAGGAAGUGUGACUUAUACGGAAAUGAAGGAGGAAAAAAAAAAACAAAAACAAAAAACUAACACUUUUGACCAGAAUCUGCGGAUGUGAAAGUCUUGGAUUUAUUUAUGUAAAUUAUAUUGAGACAAAAGAAGAAAUCAGCAGUCAUAUAGGCCGCAUUAGUUGGGAAAAAGUGAACCUGAACAGGGAGGCAAAUAUACAAUAAAACUGCUGUAUAAGGGUGCUGUUAACCCCCACCCCCACCCCAACACAAAACACACACAUGACUCUGAUUUAUAAUAGAAUUUAAUGUAAGCCGUAGAUCUAGCUUGUAUAUUUCUGUAAAAGGUUUGAAUUUUAGCUAUCUGUUGUACAAAGUUUUUGACGCUAUUGCCGGUUUGUUGUCGUUUCAUUGGUAUUUGUACGUUUUAUUUCUUUGUAACUUAUAUAGAUAUUUGACUUACUACAAAACAGUCCUAUUAAUAAAUUAUGUAAACAAGACAGUUAAGCUUUUUGUGAAAUUAUGUCGACAUCUGCGAUGUUAAAUGGAGAAAAUAACUCUUUGGGGAGAAAAAAAAUCAGGAGAACAAAACUGAAACCCGUGCGUUAUUAUUAUUAUUACUAUUAUUAUUUCCUCGAUUAUAGUAUUAUAGGCCUAGGUUUGUUUUCGCCUUUAGGAAAGUCUCAUUGUGAGAAAAUGUGAUGCAAAUUUUUCUACGUUGAAAAAAAAAAAAAUCACGGCCAUGUUGUUAAAUAAGUUCCGGUUUGGCAAACCGACAGGACUUGAUACUUUAUCAACACUUAGGCUCUUAUUCUGACAUUACAAUUAAACACUGGGGCCUAUUUUUCCUGUUUUCCUCUGUGACAAACCACACACGGCUCAGCCUUAUCGUGAAAGGCACCGAGCAUUUCCUGCUGCGUAAACUGAGCCUUUACGCGCAGCUUUCUCUCUCUCUUUCUCUUUCUUUCUUUCUUUCUUUCUUUCUCACUUUCUUUCUUUCUUUCUUUCCCUCUCGUUGUGUGUGUUUUUCGAGCCUACACGCUGAAUGUGUGAGUCACAAAGGUGAGGUCUGUCGGCUCCCCAACAUCAAACACAAGCGCUGCGCAAAGAACAGCUUAUCGAUGAAAUCCCUGACCAAACAGCGCGGGUUUCUUCUUAAAUCACCGUCGGCGCGCGGCUAUCAGCUGCUUCAUCAAUAAUCAAUCA